UGAAAACUGUUUGUGUAGUACUGUAGUUAAUUAGCUAUAAGUUAUAAGUUUUAACUUAUACUGUUGAUACUGGUGUAGUGGUGUUACCAGCUAUAAUCUAUAGGUACAUUUUGAUUAUAUUAUCGUGUUUGAACUUUAAUUUAUAAAUAUUAGUAUGGACGUAUUGUAAAUAUUUCAAUAUUUAGUGUAUAUGUUACAGUUAAAGUGUUGAAUCAGUUAGUUUAUGAAAUAACUAGGUAAUUUAUAAAAUAACUAAAGCUUGUAGGUAAUGUAUAUAGUUUAUACUUUAACUAGUUAUUUUAUGCAUUCCCUGGCAUCACUUAGUUAAUGUGUCAAAUUGUAAAUAACGCCACCCCGCGCAAGUGUGAUCCCACCUUUACAUUUCAACAAUUUAAUAUAACACAUUAAAUCAGAUAAGAUUAUCGGUGACCGCAAUGUACGUUUAUCGUGUUAUUAUAAGAUAAUCGUUUAUCGUGUUAUUAUAAGAUUUUUGUUGUUGGUAUUUGGUACAUGUAUUAUACAGGUUUAAAGUUUAGUAAUAGUUUUACAGUCACACGUGUUCGCUGUUAGUUCGUUUGUCUCUACACUAUUAUUUUAAGUAUUAACUAUAUUGUUCACAAUGAAUGAAUUAGAUUUAAUGAAAGAAAAGUUUUAUAUUAGUGUUAAAAAUCGUUUAUUAAAACCAAAUAGUGCAGUUUUAACAAAAGAAAAAUAUGCAAGUUUGAUGAUAGACGUGAGAAAAAUGAAAAUAAAAAAGGAAUCUUCUCGUGACUAUUGGUUAGAAAAACAUUACGAUAUUGUAAAAAUAAACGGCAUUGAAAAAUUAAUACUACCCGUAAGUAAUCAAAAUGAAAAUGUUAAAUUAUAUGUUAUGAUUGAAGAAAUAUUUGAUUAUUUACAUGAAAUUCAUAUUUCUAUUGGACACGGGGGCAGAGAUCGCAUGUUAUAUGAAAUAAAUAAACGUUAUAAAAAUAUUACUCAAUCUGAUGUUAAGCAAUACUUAGAUUUGUGUAUACCUUGCCAGCAAAAAAAAAAAAGUCAAAAAAAAGGUAUUGUUGUAAAACCAAUGGUGUUUGAAGAUUUUAACAGCCGUUGCCAAAUUGAUUUAAUUGAUUUUCAAUCUCAGUCUGACGCAGGGUAUAAAUUUGUUUUGGUUUAUCAGGACCAUCUGACCAAAUUUUGUAUUUUAAGACCUUUGAAAUGUAAAAGAGCUGAACAGAUUGCAUACGUUCUUUUGGAUAUUUUUUGUUUAUUUGGUGCUCCCUCAGUACUGCAAUCGGAUAACGGCCGAGAAUUUUGUAAUGAAAUUGUAAAUUCUUUAAAAGAGAUGUGGCCCGAAUUGACUAUUGUCCAUGGCAAACCACGACAUAGCCAAUCUCAGGGCAGCGUAGAGAGAGCAAACCAGGAUAUUGAAAAUAUGCUGACUACGUGGAUGCAAAGCAAUAAUACCAACAAAUGGAGUGAAGGCCUUCGGUUUGUACAAUUUAUGAAGAAUAAAGCUUUACAUUCCGGAAUUAAACGUAGUCCAUACGAAGCAAUGUUUGGUAGUGUACCAAAAACUGGACUAUCUUCAAGUCUUCUACCUAAAGUUAUCUUGCGUAAAAUGGAAUCUGAAGAAGAAGCUGUAAGUCAACAAACUAUUAACUCAGGGCUAGAGACAGAAACCCGAUUGGAUAAUAUGGAUGACGUUACUGACGUAGAUCGACCAACAGUUGGCACAGAAAAAGAUAUAGUUCAUUUAAAUAUUGCUACGGAUGACGUUACUGACGUAGAUCGACCAACAGUUGGCACAGAAAAAGAUAUAGUUCAUUUAAAUAUUGCUACGGAGAGGAAAAAAGCUAAAGAAAAUUUGGAAAAACAGGCAAAAAGAAUGAAAGAUUUAUCAAAUACUAAAUUUGCGGUUGCUAAUAUUGGUUCUACAGUGCGUAUCAAAAUUCCCGAUGUUGAUAGAGGAAAGGGUGAUCCUCGUUCAAUUAUUGCAGUUGUUUUAAAAUUAACUGACGAUGGGUUUUAUCAACUGGGAUGCAAUGAUGGUAAGAAAAAUUUAAAUAAUACAAGUAAUUUUUUAUUUUUUAUUUUAAUUUUUUAUUUAUUUGUUACCUACCUUAAACAUUAUAUAAUUACAGGAGUGUUAAAACAACUAUACUCUCGAUCCCAGUUCACAGUAUGUUCAGAAAAUUUGUUAGCUGUAGAAGCUGUUCCAAAUGAAAGUAUUACAUUAAGAUCUGCGGCAACUGCGCAGUCACUGGGAACUGGUCAGGGUUUUUUUAAAUGCACUUGUACCAAAAAAUGUGACACAAAGCGAUGUGUUUGUAGAAAAAAAGAGGUGUUGUGCAACUCUAAAUGCCAUAAUAGCCUUACAUGUACAAAUAAAUAAAUAAUAUAACUAUAAUUAAUUCAUAAUUCAGUAAAAUAAAAUAUUAUAAUAUAUAUUUUAAA